AGCGUAUUUUUUGUGAUCUGUUUUUGUAUGUAAAUUAUCAAAAUUUUUGAAACAAAAUUAAAUAAAACCCAAAAAGUUGAAAAACAAAUGACUGGCGUCAGUGGAAUAGUGGAAAUACAUAUAAGUGAACACUCAAAAGUUAAAGAACAACCAGAGAGUAUUUCUUCUCCUGUUACAAAAGUCGGUGAGCAAUCCAACAUGUCCGAAGAAAAGUUAGUUUUGUGUGGGAAUCGACCGGUAUCGGCAAGCAUUGAAGUGCCAAAGCCAUGUCGAAUGCGAAAAACCUCGGAAGAACCCACGAUGACUGAGUUAAUGGCAGCAAUGGUUUUAAGCAAUCUUUCUACGAGUCCCGUGUUUCAUAACCCACCAAAUAAAGAUAUGAGUCCUCAAAGCUUUGGCAGCAGCGGCGUUGGAAGUUGGUCUUUAGAUCCCAACCAGUCUUCCCCAUCCAGGCAUCUCACAUCGAGCAGGAAUGCACCCCCGUCUGGAUCAAAUUUGUUGGAUCGACGUCCUUCAUACAGCACUGAUGAUACCACCGAUCCUAACUCAAUGAUUCUGAUCGAAGAGCCAUCUGAAGAUAAUUCGGAUGAACCUCAAGAUCUCAGAGUAAACCGUCCGCAACAAUCACAAGGCGUGCAGAUUGUUCAAACCAGUCCUGACCGGUUAGAAGUGGUAAUGGAAGAAGAAGAGCAAAAAUCAAGGAGUGAGGAUCGUGUUCCCAUCCUCCAACAGCACCAGUUAUCUUUCCCUUACUACUUUGCUCCCACGUUGGUCCCCGCAUACCCAGCGAGCCUCCCAGCCGAGCUAAGAGUCCAACUUGCAUCCACUCCUCCUCAUCAAACUAGAUCCCCCGACAUGGGAUGUGGGACUGUCGCCCCUGGUUACAUAGAGAGCACCAAACUUCAUCGACACUUACAUCGGUCAGCGCCAUAUCACAAGAACUCUGAUGAAUUAUCGGUCCCAACACCCAGUGGGGGAAGCAGUCCCUCCACCCUGACAUUGGGUUCAGCACCCACGGGUUUCUACCAUUUCCCCACCAACCCCAUCCCUGUAGCAAGCCUUGCUUUCUCCCCUUCACAUCGAACAAAGCUCCGAUCCCCACUUGCAUCCUCCUCUCCUGCUCCUAAAGUCCAACCCCGCAUCUCACAUAGCAACCCCAUCACUAUACCAUCCGGGUACACCAUGGUGCAGGACGGUAACGUUGCCCCAACAUCAAUCACUCUACCACAAGCUAAAGCGUUUUCUUGGCACAGUAGUGCAACUGGAGCAAUUUAUUCCACAAAACCAUCAUUGGUCCACCAACGACAACAACUUCAUCAAGCUGCCUCACCCAAGAUGGCGUAUCCUAUUUCCCCCAAGUCACUGCCCCAUGGAAGAAAAGUUCGUGGCGAUGGUAAAAAAUGUCGCAAAGUUUACGGUAUGGAGAAUCGCGAGAUGUGGUGCACGGCGUGUAAGUGGAAGAAGGCUUGCCAACGAUUUCCCGACUGAAAAUCCAGAUACACCUCGUCUAAUAGAAAGUUGGUCCCAACCCAGAGGGGUGUCGGUCAAAACAACAAGUUGUCGGGAAAAGAGCGAUCCAAAUGCCAUGGGAACAACUAAGAGCAGCUUUGCUCUUCAGACGUCACAUCUUUGCUUCAUUGUGAUUUUUAAGUCGUUUUUGGGGGGCUGUUAAUGAAAAAACUAUUGGUUCUGCUCACCCUGGAUUUACUGAAUUCUCGUUAAAGUUUUUGGGUUCAAUAAUUUGGGUUUUCAACUAAAAACUUUAAGUGUUUAUAGAUUACUAGUAAAAACUUUUCCUCACUGUGAUAAAUCAAACACUUUCCAAUUAUGUCCAAUUAUGUUCAUUAUUAACCAUUUUUCUUAAUUUGCGAAGCAAUUAAUCUCCCAAAAAUAAUUUGUUAAAAACGAAAACGAUUUCUUAAUUUUUUUGUCGAUAUGUUAAUUAGUUUUUAACUUUUUUUCGUUUCGACACCCCUAUACUUUGUGCUCUGCAUCAUACACCUUAUGACUGUGUAUAGAACUGUGAGUUACUUACUGCCACAUUGCUUUUAUUUGUUAAUUUACAUUGAAAAUAUCACACGCUAAAAAAAUGUUACAAAUUUAGAACACAUAUUUUCAAUUAUAUUAACAAAAAGGAAAUUUUUUUUCUUUUUUUUCUUUUAAAACAUUAAAAGAUUAAUAACCACAAUUUAGGUAUUUUUUAAUAAAUGAUUCAAUUGAUACAUAAGAUAUUAAAAACAACAUUUCGAACUUUUACUUUUUAAAUAAAAUGUUUUUUCACUUUUGCUGAAUUAAAUGAAAAUUUUUAAAUAUUUUUUUUACAUUUUUUUGGCAAAUUUUUCUUUUUAACUGUGUUUAUAUUUUAGUGGUGCCAUUUUGUUCUUGUUUUUACCAUCUUGUACUAUAUUUACUGCUCUUUCUAUUUAAAUGUGCAACACUUUUGCCACUUUACUAAACUUUAAUUCCUAUAACUGAUAACUUAGGGAACAAUAGUUCUGAUUCUCUAAAUCCUAUCGAAAUAUAAAUAAACUUGGGCGACCAACUAUAGGAUUUAAUUUCAAGUAAUCAAUAUAAAUUACUUUUCAUCCUGAAAAAUACUUUUUUUACAAUUUUUUAAUUCGAAAAAUUAAAUUUAAAAUCACAAUUCCAUAUUCUUCACACUCAGUUCCACAGUUGGUAAAAUCAGCUUUCUUCUUUUUGUAACUUUCUUUAUUUUCAUCAAUAUUUAAGUUCUUUUUAUCAGUAUUAAACUAAACAUUAACAAGGUGUGUAAUAAUGUAUGUAUAUUCUCAAUAAAAUUGUAUCUGC